AUGUUCCAGGAGGUGCUGCGGGGCCCUUUUCCAGCCAGAGUGCUGCCUUUUCUGGCAGCGCUGCUUUUCCACAGGAAGGAGAGGAGAGACACUGGGUUCUGUCACUGGCGGCGGGAAAAACAUCCUUACUACAACCUAACAGUAAAAGUCCUCCGAGCCAGAAACAUCAAGGGUACAGAUGUGUUAUCCAAGGCAGACUGCUAUGUGGAACUAAAGCUGCCCACUGCAUCUCCCAGUGUCUCCCGAACUCAGGUUGUUGACAACUCUGAGAACCCAGAAUGGAAUGAAACUUUCCAGUAUCGAAUCCAUAGUGCUGUCAAGAACAUUCUCCAGCUGACCCUCUAUGAUAAGGAUGUCCUUGUCAGUGAUGAGCUCACCUCUGUUGUCUUCGACGUGGGGGGCGUGAGGCCGGGGCAGCCCCUGCAGCACACCUUCAGGCUGGACCCCGAGGCUAAUGAAGAGCUGGAUGUAGAGUUUUUCUUGGAGAAAUGCUCAGAUGCCCCUACAGAAGUAUUGACCAACGGAGUCCUUGUGGUUCGUCCUUGCUUGUGUCUGCAAGGCACUGUCAACAAAGAGGAAAAUGCAAAAGAGAAACAGCAAGGAUGCUGUGAGGUCAAGGUGUCUGUCCCAGGCGCAUAUCAAAAGCAGUUAUCUAUUCCUUGGACACCAGACAAUGAGAAGGAUUAUGGAACCUCAUUUGUCUUUCAUGUGGAUAAAGAAAUGUGUCCAGAACUGCAAGUGGAGUUGCAGCAAACCAUAUCUGUCCUACAGGAUGGUGUGAACCCUGAUAUUGAAAAUCAUACUACAGUUCUAGGACUGGGGACUGUACCAGUUAAUUCCCUUCCUGUUGGAGAAAAAGUUGAUAAAAUCAUUUCUCUGGGAGAGGGAAAAAGUUUGGAUAUGAGUUUGAAAACUGAAGAGAGCACUUGGGAUCUUGAUAUACGUCUAGGUUUUGAGCUCUGUAAAGAAGAGAGAGAAUUUUUGGACAAAAGGAAGAAAGUAGUUUCUGAGGCAUUGAGGAAGACUCUUGACUUAAAAGAAUCCCCUCCAAAAGAUGAGGUUCCAGUCAUGGCAGUGCUGGGCUCUGGAGGUGGGAUGAGAGCGCUGACGUCGUUCUAUGGCAGCCUGGCUGGGCUGCAGCAGCUGGGCCUUCUGGAUGCUGCAAUGUACCUCUGUGGCGUUUCUGGCUCCACUUGGUGUUUAUCAACACUGUAUCGAGACCCUGACUGGUCACAGAAAGACCUUAAAGAUGCAAUCAGAAGAGCUCAGGACACUGUGUCCAGCAGCAAAGCAGGGGCAUUUUCCCCAGAACGACUGAAAUACUAUUUCCAGGAGCUGAAUGCAAUGGAGGUCACUGGACGGAAGGCUUCCUUUACAGAUCUGUGGGGUCUUAUUGUGGAAUAUUUCCUACAACAAGAGGAAGAUCCAUCAAAGCUGUCUGAUCAGCAAGAAGCAGUGAAAUGGGCCCAGAACCCUUAUCCUAUCUAUGCAGCUGUCAAUGUGAGACCCAAUAUGAGCAGUGGUGACUUUGCAGAAUGGUGUGAGUUCACUCCCUAUGAAGUUGGAUUUCGCAAAUAUGGAGCUUUUGUUCGAACAGAGAAUUUUGACAGCGAGUUCUUCAUGGGACGGCUUGUCCAGAAACAUCCAGAGCCCAGGAUUUGCUUUCUACAAGGAAUGUGGGGCAGUGCCUUUGCUGCAAGCUUGGAUGAUAUCUGCCUGAAGGUGGUUGGUAUAGGACUGAACUUUCUAGAUUCUUUCAAAGAUGUUAUCAAAGUUGUAGAUGAGAAGACUUCUGCAGAUGACUGCCGAAGAUUCCAUUUCCGAGACCCAGCACAGCUGAAGACUCGUUUGGUUAUACCUGGGGGCCCGAUGUUACAAAUUGUUCAGGAUUUCUUCAAAUCCCGUGUCACAUGUGGAGAAACCUUCAAUUUCAUGAAGGGAUUGUAUCUUCAUAAAGAUUAUGUUAACAUCAAGAAAUUUGUGACUUGGAGAGAUACUCACCUGGAUGCAUUUCCUAACCAGCUGACUCCCAUGGCAGAGAGCUUGUAUUUAGUGGAUGGUGGCUUUUCCAUCAACUCUCCUUUUCCUUUGGUACUUCAGCCAGAGAGGGAUGUGGAUGUUAUCUUGUCAUUCAAUUUUUCCUGGGAAGCUCCAUUUGAGGUUUUAGAGCUGACUCAGAAGUACUGUGAGGAGCAUGAAAUUCCUUUUCCAAAAAUUGAGUUUAGUGAGGAAGAUGAAAAGAAGCCAAAAGAGUGUUACAUGUUUGUGGAUGAUAAUAAUCCAAAGGCUCCAAUUGUACUCCAUUUCCCACUGGUGAAUGACACCUUUCAGAAAUACAAAGCUCCAGGAGUUGAACGUGAGUCAGAAGAAGAGAAAUCCUUUGGUGACUUUAUCAUUGAGUCAAAAGAUUCCCCUUACCGUACACUAAACUUCACCUUUGAGCCAUAUGAUUUCAGCAGGUUGGUGGAAGUGAAUCGCUACAAUGUUCUGAACAACAAGGACACUCUCCUCAAAACCCUAAACUUGGCUCUGCAAAGGAGGAAGCUGAAGAAAGUCAUCAAUAAGUCAAAUACAUGAGCAGUUUCCAAGGCUGAGGAUACAGAGA